AUGAGUUUGCUCUUUCUUAUAUACCUCUGUGGUGGUGUAAUAUUACAAGCUGACAGGGUGAGUAUCGCGCGAGAGUUAGUGGGCACUUGCAAUUGUGAGCGGCAGCUAAGCAGAGUACAAACAAAAUGGCGGCCUAUCUCGGUCUAUGAGCCUGUUACAAGUCACGAGGUUAAAACGAAGAGAAGAAAGAAGUCAACAUAAUAAUGUCUUUGUGGUCUAAUCGGUAUUCAGAGGUGAAAGAAUAAGUAUUAUUCAUUCAAAAUAUUCAGCCAUUACUGAUUGGCCCAUAACCAACUGACUUUGACUAAAUUUGGAAGAUGAGAACAAUAUACCAUAGAUUUGACAAGGUAUAUGUGCUUGGAAACGAGGUUGUUUUGAAAAUCAACACCGAUCAACCUUGUUUCCAGCCACAUUCGCUUAGCUAAAUAAUCACGAGUGAGCUAAAAAAAAGCGUUAAUGGCUAUCCGAAUCAAAAUAGCUGAAUUUGUGGCUAAAACUGAACAGAAAAAAAUGCAAGAAUAUGCAAAACAUGUUGCUUGAUGAAGAAUUGUCAAAAAAUUUAUCUUGUGUCCUAAAUUCUCAUCAACAAUCUGUCUAAGAAAGCAUUUAUAUGACAACUAGGGAAAAAUUCUUAACGAAGGUUUAAUAAUAGCCCCUUUGCAAUUUUAUGGUCAAAAUGUAAAUCAUAAGGUUUGGUUAUAAACUGGGUUAUUUCAUUUUUGUUUACCUAGUCAACAAGUACCAACCAAAAUUCCUGGAAAAAAUGGCAGUGGUAUCUGGUAAGUUUCAUUCGUUUUAACUGAGCACCUGACGACAAAAAAUGCCAUGAAAUUCAGACCCUAAUAAAUACUUUUACUCACGUAUAUUGUUAUCCAAAGCAUUCCAUGUAAUGAUCCAUUAGGGUGAUAGAAAGGAUUUCAAGGAUUGUUCUUAUUUAAUUCAGAAAGACACCGCUGUUUCAAUGAAUGUGAAACCUGCAUGGGAUGCCAACUAUACAGGCAAAGGAAUCCUUGUAGCUGUAGUUGAUGAUGGUGUUAAGAUUGAUCACCCUGAUCUGAGCCCAAACAUGGUAAGUUAUGAUGAUGAUGAUGAUAACAAUAAUAAUAAUAAUAAUAAUAUUAAUAUUAAUAAUAAUAAUUACAACAAUAAAGAUGAUGAUGAUGAUAAUGAUAACUGUUUAUGGUCAAACAAGCUGAAUGGCAACAAGUGUGACAAUUACUUCUCGUAUUGCUAUUUGAUAAUCAUUUUGAACUUACAUACAGUCAAACCUGUCUUAAGCAGACCUCUAUUAAGCGGUCACUUACCAAAGUCCCAGAGAUAGUUUCCUUUAAUUACUGUAUAGCUGACCUGUAUUAUUUUCCUUACCCCUAUUUAACCAUCCGGAUGUGUAGAAGAUGUACCAUACUAGUAAAAAAGAUGCACUGUGUAGCGAGUCAAGUAGUCGUUUUUGUCUUUUUGCAAAGUAGAGGUACAAAUAGUUUGAGGCCCCUUUGUUGUGGGAUAGAUAUGCUCUAGAAUACCUCUUACGUUUGUCAAACCUGUAUUAACGGGGGCAUUACGGUUGGUUUUGUGGGGAAAUGAUGUUGAUUUGGGAAGGAAAUAAAUUAGGGUAGAAAAGGUAUACACAUAAACCAGUUAGUCCGCUAAUGGGAUCAGAGGCACCUUGUUGUGGUGGUGGACUAUUUGGUAAUUGACAUUUGUCUAAUAAUUAUUUACUUCAUAAAUUUUAAUUUUAACAACCCCCAAAUUCAAUAUUUUGCCAUUUUCCCAAAAUUUUUAACAUCCCGCCCCGUAGAUUUUAUACAAUAAAAACAUCCAGAAAGUCAUCCAAAAAAUUCACAAAUAAUUAUUGAAUUAAGGACUGUGACUUAAUCGAGUCAUUUUGGAUUGAAUAAAGUCUUGGCUUGAUAGUUAAGAAAUAGGGUUGAAUUAUCAACAAACCGUACUGCCCCCUUAAGUGGUCGGGAAGCUAUUCCCCAAGGGUGGCCACUAUAUACAGGUUUGACUGUAUACACUGUAUUAUUAAAAAGUUUAAUUGCUUGCUCUAAACCUCAGAUCUACCUUUUUCCUGCCAACAUUUCUAACAUGAAUGAUGUCUACUUUGAACAACUGUAAAAAAUCUUGAUAAAAUGCUAUGUGACUUUUCAAAUGAAACCUCUUCAGCAGUACUUUCGAAUGGUACUAUUUAUUUAGAAUGUAGUUCUAACUGUUGAGUUUGUAGAUGAAAUCCUAUAGUGUGACCAUAAAAAUGAAACCUUUUCAGCAGUCAGAUUUCCAUGCGUUACUAUGCAUUUAGUAUGUGUACAGUAAACUCCAGAAACUCAAACUCUAAAGGGAAAUAAAAUCAGUUAAAAUAAGCAGUCAUGGUUUGGGUCGAUUAAAUAACACAAUUUUCCACGUUAAUCAGUGUGGCUAGUUUAAAGUAUGUAGUUAGAUAAUGUUGAUGACACCCCAUGGUGUGACUCGUCAAAUAAAACCUUUUCAGCAGUUCUUUCACAAGAUACUGUUUAUUUAGGAUGUAGUUCUAACUUCUACGCCUAUCCAGGAAAUUCUAUGUUCUGUCCAUUCAAAAUUAAACCUCCUCAGUAGCACUUUCACAUGAUCGUAUUUAUUCAAUAUGUACAAUACAACCCUGGUAACUUGAGCUCUGAAGUGGAAUGAAAAACAGUGUUCAAAGAGUAUUUGAGGGUGGUCUACGAUAGUUUUAACUUCUGAGUCUUUGAAAGAAAUCUUAUAGUGCAGUGCCAUGAUACAGUUCGUUUUCCAGACUUUUACUAAAGUAAAAUCUUUUGUUCUCGAAUUUUUCUUUUACACUUGUCUUGGACAGAACCUGACAGCAAGUUAUGACUUCUUGGAAUCUCGACCUAUAAAUAUAAGACGUCAUAAUCCUGGAAAGUAAGUAAUCACCUACACUUAGCUUAAUACGUUUUUGGAUUACUUUUAUUAAUCAUUAUGACCAUCAUCAUAAGAUAACAUUGCGCUAAGCCUCCAUUUUAUAUUUGCCAACUCUAGCCAUGGAACAAAAUGUGCCGGGGUCAUCGUUGGCGCAGAAAGCGGUGCGUGUGGUAAAGGAGUGGCAUAUGAUGCCCAGAUUUCAGGUAACUGGUUCAGGAGUAGACUUAGACGAAAAUGCAGUUGGCUUAGUGAAACCUAGAAUGAAAAACUUGACAAGUUUGUUUGAAAAACUUUCGCCAAACUAAUUCACCUUCCUUUAAACAGAUCUUUUUGUAAAACUUGAGACCAGAGAACAUUAAUGUUAAGUGAAGGUCACGAUAAAACACACAAGUAAUAACCUAGUCACGUUUGCGACACACAAACCUUUUGCCUCGCCCUCUUCUUUCUGUGGUAGUGUUGCGUAAACUCACUAAUAUUUAUUCAAUAUCCAUACCACAUUUUUAGUGGCUUGAGAUAUGAUUCCCUGAGUUAAUUUGCAUCAGACAUAAUUAGACUGUCUUUUGUACUUUCUUUUCCUUUUUAAAUCUGAGAUAUCUCAGUCACUUACUAAGAUAUCCAGGGCCUUAGCUAGGUUUUUUGUAACGGGGGGGCAUUUUUGCGAAUGCCGAAGGCACGAGCCUUGUAGGGGGGGAUCAUCCAACAGAAAAUUUUCAAAUUUGGAGGCUCCGAAAUGCUAUUUUCAGCACUUGUCAUGAGACAUGGCUCCUGUCAAGUGUAUUCUCCUUCUUUUUAGACCUACAUGAACCUCGCGCACACCCUAAUAUCUAAUUUCUAACUUAGUUCCUCUUCACCAGCACAGUAAGGGAAGGGAAACUGGUCGUUUCACCCACGAGUCUUUUCUCUUUAACGUCCAGUUCGCUUACGCCAUAUUCGUUUCGAUUACGUGUUACGUGUAGAUAAGUUCGCGAACGUUUCUAAGUCGUUUUCACAAACGCCUUCGUUGGUCGUGUUGCUAUACCUACUUGUAAGUCAUUUCUUGAGAUAAGAACACGUUAAAUUUCCCCCUUGGAGUAAGAUUCUUAUAAUAUACUCGCUAAGAAUAUCAGCGUGACGAUGUCCUGGGUAUGCUAGGUUUUUCAACAAAUCACAACAAGUAGUGAUCAAAAAGCAACCACGCGAUAAAUUCUUUGAAACCGUUGUAAUACUGAAUUUAUUUACUUCUUCGGCAAGGUAUUCGCAUAUACACCAGAAACAGACGUUCAACAGAUCGAUCAGAAGCCCAGGCUUUGAGCUUUCAGAGGGACAUUGUUGACAUAUACUCAAACAGCUGGGGACCAGGGGACAUGGGAUGGCAAGUUAAAGGGCCUGGCCCUUCACUAAAAGAGGUUCUAGAGAAAGGAGUGCAAUUAGUAAGUAUUUUCUUUACCGGUAUUUUAGGUUGAAUCUCAUAGAUAAUUUAUAUAUCUAAGUAGUUGCUCAAGUAGCUUAUCACUAAGUUACCUACCCUUUUUAAAACCUUUUUGAUCUACAUUACUCUUCGACUAAUUUUAAGUUGUCUGGCAUUUAUAUUGUAUAUAAUAUUUUAUUAAUUUUAAUGCUCCAUUUGUUUAAUUGCGCAUUUGAUCAUAACGCGAGGAGGGUGCUUGAGGGUGGAUGAUACCUUAAGCGCAAUAUAAAUGAUAAGAAUUGUUAUUAUUAUUACAGGGCCGAAUUUUAUGUCCAAAUGUUAUUGGUCAAACAAAUCCAGACUUAAAGAUUAUUGGAAGAAUGCAGAGAUUUUUUUAAAAAAGUUUUUAAAGCGAUUCUGCAAUAAAUUUGCAAGAAAAUAACAUGCCACUCCUCGUGUUUGAACACUAUCAACUAAACUCCACAGCCUUUUUUAAAGAAAGCAUAUUAACAAAAAUUGUAAGGAGAACCAGAAUCGCUUAGGCCUCGGGCCGUUUGCAGUUUAACACUUGGGCUCUCCCUAAAUUAGUGCUAGUCAGUAAACUUUUUCUUUCCUUAAAGAUUCCUUUGAGAUCGACUAAAACUGAAAUGUAACUGAAACCACGAUGUUUUGUUCUAGAAUGUAUCCAUUUACAGUAUAUUACUCCCUUGAGUAGUGUUUAUCUCUUUCUUGUUAGCCACUCACCCACGCGUUUUUACGGGAGCUUGCAUUUCGUUCCUCCCCACAAAAAACAACUUAAGGAGGAAAACUGAGCUCUCCUAAAAACGCCUGCGUGCAGUGGGAGGCUGCUUUAUUGUGGAACUCGGCAGGAAAAUAUUCUGCGCUAGCAUCUAUUAAGCCAUCUGUCGCUUGCUACUGAUUAAAACAUGUGUUGUCGAUUUUCUGUCCCUGCAGUUUCAGUUUUUUUCUCAAUUAUUUUUCAGGGUCGUAAUGGAAAGGGGUCAAUCUUCGUAUUUUCUGCGGGAAAUGGUGGAAUUUCUGGUGACAGCUGCGCAUUCAAUGGCUACGUGAAUAGUAUCCACACCAUAGCUAUUUCAGCUGUAAAUUGGGAUGGUUCACUACCACAUUACACUGAGCGAUGUGCAUCUAUCAUGGCUGUUACAUACGGACAGGACAUGUUUCCUUUUGGAAAUAUUGUGCCUCCUAUGGUGAGAUUUAUUUAAAGCAUAAUGUGGAAAAAUUUGUUCUAAGCAACGUUUGUUUUAUAAGUGGAAAGGAUUUGGUCGUUUUUGCUUUGCCCAGGGUUUGAAAGCCCCCCUAAGUGCUACGGGGGAGGAGUGCAAGUAGCGCCUAAUUACCUAAUUAUUUAGUCUUCGUGUUCUAUUUAUUUCUUGCAUUCAUCUGUAGGUAACAACCCAGGGUUCCAGUGGUUGCACGGAAAUAUUUCCGGGUACUUCUGCUACAGCCGCAAUGGGCUCUGGUAUCAUUGCUUUGGUACUUCAGGCGAAGUAAGAUUAAUACUCAUAGACUUUCUUUUUCUGUAUAAACAGGUUUUAGCCGGAAAGGUCUUGUAUUUUUGUCUUCACAAGGUUUUUAGUGGUGUUGUCAUCUCUCAAACACUGUAAUACUUAACUGAAAAGGAAAUGAAUUUGAAUUAAGUACACCAGAAAUUGGAUAGCAAUGCCACAACAACAACAACAACAACAACAACAACAGGAAUUGUCACUUGUUUGAGCUUCAGUAUAAUUCUUAUCCGACUUUGUUUAAAAUUUUUUCCCGCUUAAUUGGUUAUCGCUUUUGUGUUGAUGAAUCUUUUGAAUGCAGCACUUGCACUGUCGCAGAGUCACUUGUAUUCGCUCUUCAAAUUUUUAGGGUCAGUGAUAUGUGUUACCCCUUCCCAUUUUUAAAAUACCUCGAGCUUACUUUUUUCACUAGAUUUAACAAUAGCCAGAUUUUCCCUUUGAUUUAUUACGUACUUUUAAUUAAUUUUAGCCCGAAGUUAACAUGGCGUGAUGUUCAACACAUAAUUGUUAGAGCUGCCAAGCCUAUAACGUCUGCAAACCACGAAACCCGCUGGAGGCGUGACAAACCUUCCUGGAAUCGUAACUCAGCUGGUCUUUUAGGUAAUUGAGGUUUUUUUUGUUUGUAUUUUUAUGUUAUUUAUAUGAUGUUUAAAAUGCUUCUUCUUGGAGCAUUUUCGAUUGACCAUAUUCUGGAAAAAGAAUAGAAGAAAUGAAAUCUCAACAUCAUUUGUUUUAACUUAAGUUGCAUUGUAAAAUCUAAACAUCUAGUGGAAAUUAGUAAUUAAGAAGAAUGUAACAUUGCAUUGGUCCCGCACAAAGUUCUGCGUAUUUUAACUACAGAACACAGUCAUUGGGACGCCCUUAAUUUUCUUUGCUGAAGUAGGUUUAAGUUUGCCAUACAUAUUGAAGCAAAGAAUAAGCCCUCUUCGCUUCCUGUCCUUGUCUCUACUAUUAAAAUCCCUGUCCUGACGAAACUAAAACCCCUAAACUCUCUUACUGGAUGUUAUUUCUUGUUUUCGUUUAUAUUUCAGUGAGUAGUGACUUCGGGUUUGGAUUGAUGGAUGCCAGAAAAAUGAUUGCAUACGCUAAGAAGUGGCGAACCGUGCCUCAGCAGCUGACCUGUGAAGUUCAGCUAAACGCUACAAAUUUCAGGUAAUUAUCCGCAUUACAUUUGGCCGGGUUACUUCUAAGGUUACAGUCUUCAUGGUUGAUUGCAUCUAGAAACAAAUUUUACGUUUCUAUACUUUUGGUGAAUACAGUCGAACCUUCCGUAAAGCGGAUCACCCAAAAUACAAAGAUUUGGUGGUCGCUUAAUUACCGUAUUUAUUCGAAUAAACGCUCAUCCUAAAGGCAAAAAAAAUUAGAAGGCGCCCAGCCUCGAAUAAGGGCCCACCCUCACCCCACCCCCUUCUCCCUCCCACCCAAAUAAUUAAAUAAGUACUAAUAAGAGACUUCCCCGAUGACGGAGUUUAUUCAGAGUAUUUUACAGAAACAUUACUUUGUUACAUCUUUGCGUUUUGUUUUUACCAUUUAUUGUUUGUUGCGAAAUAAACUUUCUUCUCUUGCUGAAAAUGGUGAAAAGUUAACUUAAUAAGUAAUUUAAUAAGCACCCAGCGGUGGUUAAUCGAACAAAUACGGUAGGAGAGUCAACUGAACAACGUAGGAGAAAAAGGAGAGGUCACAACAAGACUAUUUUUUUAGACGAGAAUUCAUUGCAUGCUAUUUCGGGGUUCCCUUGGUGUAAUAUAGUUCCAUGUUGUCACUUAAAAGUUUUUCGUAUGUUAAUGAGUAGUGCAGUACAUUACCAGCAAAUGGAGGGAGCAGACCAUGUCACGUGUAAAGCGGUCGCUAACAAGAGUUUAAUAACAAUGGAAAAAUUAUAAAACCGUCACCCCAAAAAAUGUUCGCGGUAGCUUACGAGAGGUUCCAAUUACAAGGCUUUGACUCUGGCAAAAUUCUGGUGUUUUGAAUCUGUGGUCGCUUGUUGGAUUAUUCGAAAAACAACACCAUCUUAAAAGAGCAUCUGGACUCAUCCUUUUUUUUUUUUAUUACGAAUCCAGGUAAUCUAGAAUGUAAUCUUAGAUUCUUUUGAGAGAUUGACGAGAUUCGACUGUAAUUAAGCAUUUACCAAAUAUAAAUUUUAUGUACUCAUUUGUUCAAAUAUUUACUGGUAUUCAUCAAGUUGUUUAAUUUUUUUUAGUUCCUCUAGGUUGGUUAUUCCUUGGCGUGGAGAUUUACGUCUUACCUUAUCUUUGAAGCAGGAAAAUUGCAACAUCCAGUAUUUGGAACAUAUGCAGGCAGAAGUCAAUCUACUAUUUCCCCGACGUGGUUAUCUGGAGAUGUUCUCAACAUCUCCUAGCGGAACUCGGUCCAAACUUCUUUACUCGCGUAAGAUAGACGUCUUAACGGGCCGCAAAAACCUGACAGACUGGCGAGUUACAAGUCUACAUUACUGGGGAGAAAAGCCUUUUGGAAACUGGAAUUUUACCAUACGAAGCGCAAGGCCUUGGAGCAACCUUGGAGCAGGUAAGUGACACAUGCCAAAAGAGAGUAAAAAAAAUCGUCUUUAUAUUACCAGCAGGAUUCUAAAAGCCGCAGCGCACUUGCACUGAAAAGAAAAUUGGUAAAAAAUAAUUACACUGUCAUAAAUUAACCCCCGCCGUUUCAGAUUUGAAAACUAAAAUUGGAUCCAUCCCUCCCCAGAAAAAAAAAAGUGAACAAUAAAUAAUUCGGAGGGGAGAAAGGGGGCUCAGGUUUUAGUUUUCAUUACCACUACCAAAUCUGAGUCAGUUUUUCCUUUACUAACAUUGUGUAAGCCAAAACAAUCCCCAAAUUUUGUCUUUUCGCACUACUCUGAGUCUAUUAUGAGGAUAUUGAGGUAUUACUCUUAGUCCCGAUUUUCACACGCAUUGCUGUCGACUUUAAAUCUUGAUCGCUUUGGCUUCCUUAUGCUGCAGUAUGAUGACGUUUUUAAUGGGCUCCGUUAUGGUACGUUUUACCAGGUCGAGUAUUUGGUUUAAAGAUAAUCCUAUUUGGAACCAGCGAGGAUCCCCUCCAAGGCAACAAGCACGUUAACAGAAAGAUGAAAAGGGAAGCAAUAAGUAACAUCCGCGAACGCGAAAAAGGUAAGCACAUUUCAAACUCCACUCAAAACAACACUAAGUUUGUGAAAGUUUUAUUUAGUGUUUCCAAAAAAAAAAAACAAUGGUGAAUAACCUUAAAGAUGAUGUUCUGUCUGUUAAAAAGCGUAAUUUAAAAAAAUAGUCCUAAUAUAAACGAAAGUUUAAAACAAAAAUGACUAAAUAUCAAUUGUGUUGAAGCAAAUCCUGUGUUCUGAUUGGCUACCAGAGCAGGCAAUAUGGGCCUAUCUGUACCUCUAGGAAUUUUCCGCAUUGGUCCCGCAAGAAAAAAAAUCUAAUUUGACCAUAUAAUAACCUGGCUUUUUCGGCAAGAUACUGGGUAUUGAUCUCUUUCUUUUUUUUCUGUUUCAACUCCUCGACUACAUCUCGGUCCAUAAAACAAAAAAAAAGAACCUCGGAAAUAUCCAGUUAUCUUAACCACACUCUUAGUCAAUAACGAUUAGUCUGCUUAGGAGAGGGCUUAGCAACCAAUUGAUGCUGACAUUUUAGUAACAUCUGCCGGGGGAUGGGGGCAGAUAGUAAUAAUAAUAAUUAAUAAUAAUAUGUAAUUAUAAUUGGGCCUUUUUGAUCAUCAUUAGUGGUUAACAGUGAGCAGUUACCCUAUGACGUCAUGGAUUUUGUUGCCCGCUAAGAGAACGUUUUUGCGGGAAAUAAUUUUGUUAGAUGUCAUGUGACUUCAAUUCGAAAUAACCAGUGCGAGAGCGUUACUGCAGAAAAAAAAUCCAAGCUAUUUAAGAAAUUACUUCUGAAAUAGGGAGCUUGCAGGCGCGUUACCAAACAGGAAAAGAAAAAGUUGCAUUUACUGCGUUUGGCUCAGCCUUGUUUUAAGUUGUUUGAAAUAGAUUUAAUUUAGCCUAAUGUGUCUAUAAUUUUCGUUAGAUAUUCCCAUUCACGGAGGUUACUCGCAAUGGAGCUACUGGGGUCGCUGUAGCCGCUCAUGUGAAGGAGGGCUCCAGUAUCGCCAUCGCUAUUGCAACAAUCCCAGGCCGCGAAAUGACGGAAGAGACUGCAGUGGAAAUGCGAGAGAAGGAAGAAGAUGCAACACAUAUAGGUGCCCAGGUAAACUAACCUCUUAUGUUUCACUAACUGCCCUUAUACUCUUGCCGGAUAUGCAGAGGAUAUGUUGUUUUUCUGUGUCUCCUUCAACUUCGCUAAAUUUGCGAACAACAAAAGUCAAUAGGCACCUUUCCCGGAGGGAAAAAUAGAGUCUAUUAAUCAGUUGAUCACUGAACAUUAUUUGUACUGAACUAUAUUUGUUAUAAAAAAUAGUCUAACGUUUAACAAAUAGAUAUAGUUAAAUGGUAAUUUUUUUUUUUGUACAGAUUCACUUUUCUCCUGAAAAGUACGUAACGUGAACUGCAGGAAACUACCAAUAAUAAAAAUGCUAACUCACGUUUUGCCUCUUGUCAGUUCACGGAGGCUUUUCGCCUUGGCGUUCUUGGAGCCGGUGCAGCGUAACAUGCGGUGGAGGACUUCAACGUCGUUCACGCACAUGUACCAAUCCUCGUCCUGCAUAUGGAGGAAGACAGUGUUUUGGAGCGUAUGUACAGUCACAGAGAUGUGCCUUAAACCGUUGUCCACCGGGUAUGUACAUUCAAAGGUAGAGUCAGCGACAAAAGUAGUAGCCACAUUUUCAUGAUUUUGUCCUCGACGAUUUAAGCGGUUUCGUUCAUGUAGUAUUCACUUCGUUGACAGGAGCUCUGACAAAAGCUUACGUAAAGGAAAGGUAAUUCCUUCUUUCCCAGUCCCCCAGUCAAGCGCACUUUAAGCACUAAACAAGCCAACCUUGGUAGAGGUAGGACUAAAACCAGUGUCUUGAUUCCCUGGGACCCUAAAACAUUGGCCUCGAGCAACUAGCUCAUAUAAAUUUCCAUCGGUCUCAAGGUAUACGUCUUGAUCACGUGCAAACGAGUUUUAUUCGCAACCCAGUUAGGCAGUUAGUUUUCAUCCAAGCGGAAAAGCCUCUGAGUUGGAUUGGAAGGUAUAACAUUUUCAUUCCUUCUCUUAGUUGAUGGAGGUCAUUCCCCAUGGACCCGUUGGUCACUGUGCAGCGUGACUUGUAACAAUGGGACUCAACAGCGUUUUCGCACUUGCACAAAUCCCCCGCCUGCAAAUGGAGGUGAACCAUGUGCUGGGGAAAGCGAGGAGACGAAAGCUUGCAUAAACCCUACGUGUCCAGAAACCGGUAAAUUUUUCGCAUGAUUAAAUGAUCUUGUUCAAAAAACAAUCAUUUCGGAGCAGUUAGAAAAUGUUUUUCAGUACCGAGCAGAUCAGAUAUUUUAUCUUUCUAUGUCAAAGACAAAGGCAAAUUAUUGAUCGCUCGAAAGACGUGGACAAAACUGAGCAUUGUAUGUAUGCAAGUUACAUGCAGCGUAUACAAUAAUCGAAACUUCGGAAAAGUAGAUUGACAAGAUUUCUCUUUACUUGCGUUAUCUGUUUUAGGAUUUCCAGUCGAUGGUGAGUACACACCCUGGAGCUCCUGGUCUGCCUGUUCUCGGACAUGCGCUGGAGGAAAUCAGCGACGCUCACGUUAUUGUACUAAUCCACCGCCGGCAGACGGAGGGCGAGACUGCAGAGGACCAGCUGAACAAAUGA